AUGGAGGGGGUUUCUUCUUCUAUUAGUAUAAAGAAGAGAGCAUGGCCUAAAGAUGACUUUAUUGAUUUGGUCUUCUCGUGGUCUAUGGAAAAUAUUUUUGAUGAGACUCUGUAUGAAAAUCAGGUGGAGAAGAUUCCAGAAUCAUUUGAAUCAGUGGAUCAUUACUUGGGUUCAUUUUACUUCCCUUUACUGGAAGAAACACGAGCAGAUAUUGCUGCUUCCUUGGAAGUCGUAGAUAAAGCACCUUUCGCCGAAUUAAUCUCCUUUGAUGAAGUAAAACCACAUGGAGCAUUACUUUUUGAUGUUAAGGUUGAUUACUGGAGGCAUAUAUUCAGUGAUGGGAAAGAGCCUUACAGAACAUUGCCCGGAGAUAUUGUUAUUAUCUCAGAUGCUAAACCUGAAACUGCUUCUGACCUGCAGCGACUUGGAUGGAAUUGGACCUUUGCAUCUGUAACUAAUAUCAGUGACAAUGAGAACGAUGAUUUAACUGCAUCCACUAAUUUUAAAGUCAAAGUUGCUAGAGAUAUUGGAAUUUCUAAGGGAGUGCAAAAAUCAUUUUAUAUAGUGUUUUUGAUAAAUUCGAUACCAAAUAAGAGAGUAUGGAAUGCGCUGGGAAUGAGAAAGAAUUUGCACAUUAUUGAGAAAGUUCUGUGCAGCGGGCAUGAGAAACAGCGCGAUAAUAAAUGUGAUGUUUGUUCUACAUCCAUUAAUGAUGGACCAGCUGGAGAAGUUGUUAACAGUCUGUUGACUAAGCUGAAUGAUUCUCAGGCUAAUGCAAUCUUGACCUCUCUUGAUACAUUGAAAUGUCGCCACAAGCCUUCCAUUGAACUAAUAUGGGGUCCACCUGGUACAGGAAAGACUAAGACUACAAGUGUCAUGCUCUUCAUACUGUUGAGAAUGAAGUAUAGAACACUUACUUGUGCCCCAACAAACGUAGCAAUAACACAAGUAGCUUCUCGCUUGGUUAAACUGGUCAGAGAGUCAUUAAAAAAUCAUUCUGCAGAAAUGGAUAUUGUUUGUCCUUUGGGUGAUAUUCUCUUGGUUGGGAAUAAGGACCGGCUAAAGGUUGGUCACGAUAUUGAGGAGAUUUACCUUGAUUAUCGUGUCGAUAGGCUGGUGGAAUGCCUGGGACCACUGACUGGAUGGAAACACUGUAUAAGUUCCAUGAGCGGAUUUCUAGAAGAUUGUGUUUCUCAGUACCACAUCUACGUGGAGAAUGAGUUGAUCAAACUGAAGGAACUUGCUGACCAAGAGGAAGCACAAAAAGAAAAAGCAAAAAUCAGCUCAUUGUUUGAUUUUGCUAGAUCUUGGUUUAAUUCUACAGCAUCCUCUUUGAGAAGAUGCAUGUUAGUAUUCUGUACUUAUCUACCAGUAUGUUUUAUUCAAGAGGAGAACUUUGAAAGAAUGGUGCGCCUUAUCUCCCUGCUUGAUUGUUUGGAGGGAAAGUUAUUUCAAGAGAAUGUUGGCUCUAAAGAACUGGAGGAGCUAUUAUCAUGUAAGCAAACAAUUAAAGUCUCUUCUGAGGCCGUUUUGGAUGAGCUUUCUUUACGUUCUUUAAGAAGCCAGUGCCUUGGACUUCUAAAAGAUGUUCGCCAAUCUCUUGGAAAACUGAGUCUUCCUAGUGCUAUGAGUAAGGAGUCGAUUAAGGAGUUCUGUUUCCAAAUGGCGUCCUUGGUAUUCUGCACUGCUUCUAGUUCAUAUAAGCUUCAUUCACUGGAUAUCGAGCCAUUUGACUUAUUAGUCGUCGAUGAAGCUGCCCAAUUGAAGGAGUGUGAAUCUGUCAUACCCUUCCAACUUCGAGGUCUGACGCAUACUGUUUUGGUGGGCGAUGAGUGUCAACUGCCGGCAACCGUUAAGAGUCGAGUUUCUGAAGAAGCUGGCUUUGGAAGGAGCCUUUUUGAAAGACUCAGUUCACUGGGACAUUUUAAACACCUGCUUAACAUACAGUACCGGAUGCAUCCAUCAAUUAGCCAAUUCCCAAAUUCAAAUUUCUAUAAUAAUCAAAUUCAUGAUGCCCCUGAUGUAAAGCAUAAAACGUACGAGAAAAGAUAUCUUCCAGGAAGGUGUUUUGGCCCAUAUUCCUUUAUAAAUGUUCUAUUGGCUAAGGAAGAACUGGAUGAUGUUGGACAUAGUCGAAGAAAUAUGGUUGAAGUGGCUUUAGUGAUGAAGAUAGUGCAUAACUUAUUCAAAGCUUGGAGUGGCUCCAGGAAGAAACUCAGCAUUGGUGUUAUAUCACCUUAUUCUGCACAAAUUUUGGCCAUACAAGGUAAACUUGGGCAGAAGUAUGAUAACCUGGAGGGUUUUGAAGUUAAGGUGAAGUCAAUAGAUGGAUUUCAGGGAGGGGAGGAAGAUAUAGUAAUAUUAUCUACUGUGAGAUCUAAUCGUGGUGGUUCGAUUGGUUUCUUGUCUAGCUUUCAAAGGACUAAUGUUGCUUUGACCAGGGCUCGGCACUGUCUUUGGAUUCUUGGCAAUGAACAAACGUUACUUGAGAGAAACUCUGUUUGGCAAGCAUUAGUUCUUGACGCCAAGAGUCGUCAGUGCUUCUUUCAUGCUGCAGAAGACAAUGACAUGAAGACAACAAUUUUAAAUGUUAAGAAAGAAUAUGAUCAGUUGGAUGAUUUACUUAAUCCAGAGAGUAUUCUGUUCAAAUCUCAAAGAUGGAAGGUACUCUUCAGUGACAAUUUUAGAAAAUCUUUUGUAAAGCUGGCAUCCUCCCGCCUGAGGAUGUCUGUGAUAAAUCUUCUGGUUAAGCUGGCUAGUGGAUGGCGUCCCAAGAAUAGGAAUGCGGACUCAAUUUCCGAGAGCUCAUCUCAAAUUGUAAAACAAUUUAAGGUUGAAGGGCGGUAUAUCGUUUGCACGGUUGAUAUUCAGAAAGAGUCCACCUAUACUCAAGUGCUGAAGGUUUGGGAUAUUUUGCCCUUAGAGGAGGUCACAAAAUUGUUAAGACGCCUUGAUAGCAUAUCUUCAAUGUACACUGAUGAAUUCAUUAGUCUCUGCAAGGAAAAGUGUCUUGAGGGAGACUUGGAAGUUCCAAAGAGUUGGAAGCUCUGUCGUGAUAUCAUUCAGUACAAGAGUGUUACUGCGAGCGAAUUGAAUAAUGAAACAACUGGUGCAGUAGAUGGUAGAAGUUAUGUUGAAAAUUCAAGAGUCAGUGAAAGCUUAUUGCUAAUGAAAUUUUACUCUUUAUCAUCUGGUGUUGUCAACCAUUUGCUCUCUAAUCACCAUGGUGAAGAAUUAGAUCUCCCUUUUGAAGUUACUAAUGAAGAGAGGGAGAUAAUCCAAUUUAGUAGAAGCAGUUUCAUCCUUGGUCGCUCAGGCACAGGAAAAACAACAGUUUUGACCAUGAAGUUAUUGCAAAAGGAACAACUCCACCACAAUGCUGUCAAAGGAUUAAAUGUAGCUGGGGAAAAAGAUGUCAGUCAGCGUGCAGAGGAUAUAGGAUUUAGACGACAUGAGGAAAAUGAGGAGAACCAGUGUGUAAGAGAAGCUAACAGGGCUACCUUGCGCCAGCUUUUCGUAACAGUUAGUCCUAAACUUUGUUACGCUGUCAAACAACAAAUCUCUCAGCUGAAAAGCUUCAUUUGUGGCGAAAGUUUCUCAGCUGAAAGCAGCUUGCUUGAAACUGAUGAUUUGGAUGGAACGACACAUUUUAGAGAUAUACCAGACUCUUUUAUUGACAUCCCGUACAUGAAGUACCCUCUUGUGAUCACUUUCCGUAAGUUCCUAAUGAUGCUUGAUGGAACUAUAGGUCAUUCCUAUUUUGAUAGGUUCCAUUUGAAGUGGGAGCUUUCCGAAGACAAAAGUUUGAGGUCAAUCACUUUUCAAACUUUCAUAAGAGAGAAGGAGGUCAAUUAUGAUCGCUUUUGUAGUUUGUAUUGGCCUCACUUCAGUACUCAUUUGACCAAGAAUCUUGAUUCUUCAAGGGUGUUUACUGAAAUACUUUCUUAUAUAAAAGGGGGGCUGAAAGCAGGGGACUUUCCUGACGGGAAACUCAGCAAAGAGGCUUAUAUUUCAAUGUCAGAAUAUCGUGUCUCUACUGUAAGUGCAGAACAAAGAGAGAGAAUAUACAGUAUUUUCCAGGAUUAUGAAAAAAUGAAGAUCGAGAGUGGUGAAUACGAUUUAGCUGAUUUAGUUAAUGAUCUUCAUCUUCGGCUAAAAUAUCAGUAUCUGGAUGGGGACAAGAUUGAUUUUGUAUAUAUUGAUGAAGUUCAAGAUCUCACUAUGAGACAAAUAGCUCUUUUCAAAUAUAUUUGUAGAAAUGUUGAUGAGGGCUUUGUUUUUUCUGGUGAUACAGCACAAACAAUUGCUAGGGGGAUAGAUUUUAGGUUUGAAGACAUUAGGAAUCUAUUCUACAGUGAUUUUGUUAUGGAGUCAAAGGGUGAAGAAGUAGUCGGAAGAAGAUAUAAAAGACAUCUAUCACGUGUUUUUCAGUUGAUUCAGAACUUCCGGACACAUGCUGGUGUGCUCAAGCUAGCACAGAGUGUAAUUGAUCUGCUUUGUCAUUAUUUCCCUCAGUCUGUUGAUUUCUUGAAACCUGAGACUAGUCUUAUAUAUGGUGAGGCUCCCGUGUUGCUCAAGCCUGGAGCUGAUGAAAAUGCAAUUUUAACUAUUUUUGGGAAUAGUGGGAGUAUUGGAGGGAAAGUAAUAGGUUUUGGUGCAGAGCAGGUCAUACUAGUGCGGGAUGAAUCUGCCAAGAAGGAAAUCUCUGGUUGUAUCGGAAGGCAAGCUCUUAUUUUGACGAUUGUUGAAUGCAAAGGCUUGGAGUUUCAGGAUGUGCUGCUUUACAAUUUUUUUGGGUCAUCGCUGCUUAGAAAUCAGUGGAGAGUGGUAUAUGAGUUCAUGAAAGAACAAGGUUUACUGGAUUUAUCCUUCCCAAGUUUCUGUGAAGCAAGACAUAAUGUCUUGUGCUCUGAAUUAAAGCAGCUUUAUGUAGCUAACUCGAACUAG